GCAGGUUUUCAAAUGAACCUCUCGGCCUACAAGAACCUGCAGUGUUUGGUAGACGCCCUCAAAGACGAACAAAUACUAAUUUUGUAAGCAAGCGCCAGCUUCGUUUCUGAUAAAAUCUGAAUGCCGUUACAUGACGGUCAAGAUGUCAAAGCAUAUUUUUCUAUCCUACCAAUGGGAUAUACAAGACCUUGUGAAGAAAGUCUACAAAGGUUUGAAAGAUAGGGGGCUCCCUGUUUGGAUGGACACUGAAGGGGGUAUGUCAGGAAAUAUCAAUGACAGUAUGGCCUUUGGAGUGGAGAAUGCGGCAGUUGUUUGCCCAUUCAUGACGUCAAAGUACCAGGACUCGAAAAACUGCAAGAAGGAGCUGAAUUACGCUGAUUCUCAAAACGUUGAUAUAGUGCCAAUCAUGGCACAAAAGGAUUGGAAAGCAACCGCCUGGCUCGGAAUCAUAACUGCGGGAAUGUUGUGGAUGGAUUUUAGACCGGAUGCAGAUCUUGCAAAGAGUAUUUCUUCGCUCACAAAAGAAAUAAUGCAUACAACCCAAGGACAGUUGGAGAAAACAGAACCUACAAUCGCUGCUGUUGCGAAGGAGCUUGAGACUAGACCAGGCCGCGCAUUCAAGCAUUUAAUUACAGGGAAAUUUCUUGCAGAAUCAGGACAAGUCAAGUUUCACCCAGCAAGUGGCAACAGGAGCACACUGGUGCUUCGCGAUGAACCAGAAGAAACCAGCUACUGGGUUGAGGAAAGGAAUAAAGAGAUUUUCUACUACAAAAACUAUGCCACAAAUGGAUAUCUCGGUUAUGAUCCAAACGGAGACUACAUCUACACAAAAGCCCAGCAUUAUGGAGCUGAAGAGUGGAAACUCAUUGCAGACGAAUCAAUGUCGACUGGUGAGAGAGCUGUUGUCAUAUUUGCGAAUUAUGGCAAGAAGUAUUUGGCGAUCAGGAAUGGAAAGCUUACGGGUGUAGCAAACAAGGAUAAAGACUGCGUUUGGAUAUUGGACUAAGCCCAACUGUCAUGUCAGGGGCAAAGGCAUUCUGCCGAUGGUUUUAGCACGGAUUAUGUUAUAGUGAAAUAAACCAGUGGUUCAGAUCCAACUUACAUGGGUUCCCAAAAGCUAUUGUACGAAGAUACGAAAAUUGUCAGCACAGCUAACAGCAACAAUUAAUUUACAAACACUUAUUGGGAUUCUCAAAGUUUUUGAUAAUUUGCUUGACUACUAUUUAAGAAUUGAAUCAAAAUUAGUGACUCAUUUCUUCAGAGA